AUGGCUUCGAACGUGGGUCCCCACAUGGGUUACAACGUGGAUCCCAACAUGGGUUACAAUAUGGGUUACAACAUGGGCUACAACCUAGGUUUUAAUGCUGCCGCUAACGCAGUUCCCAACGCGGUCCCUAACGCGGUUCCCAAUGUUGCCCCUAACGCGGUGCCCAACUAUGGCUUUAACUACGGAGCUAACUAUGGUGCUAACUAUGGUACUAACUAUGGAGCUAAUUAUGGAGCUAAUUAUGGCGCCAAUUUGGGAGCCAACUUGGGAGCGAACUUCGGUGCUCAGGCUGGGCAGAACUUCAGGCCCCAGUUGGGCGCCAUGGGCUAUGCACCGGGGCAGAUCUCUCCGUACUUAGGUGACAACAACAACAUGUUCUAUUUCAUGCAAGCAGUGGCCUUCGCGACGGCGGUUUUUCUGAACGUGGUCUUCCUGAACAGACACAUGCUGAAGAAAAACCUCACGAAGAGCGAAUUCGACGCAGCUUUGUCCGGCAAGCUGUCCAGGGAAGGGACCCCCCCCCCCAGCCUAGAGUACCAGCGGGCGAAAGAAAGGUCCUACUCCCCAGCGAGCAGCGAAGGGAGCGAUGCUCGCAACGAAACAUACCCCCUGUUGUCCGAGGAUGAAUUUGAGUAUGAACGAUUGUCUCCAGUGGAAGAUGAAGUAGACAUUUUCGAAGAAGAUAGUGGCAGCCUGUCCCCUGAGGAAGGAGAGUAUCGAUCCCACGAGGCAGAAAUACAAAACUUGAUGAACAUAUCUCAUGAGAACCCUCCCGAUAGGUACCUUUCAAACCCAUUUGAUGAUUUGAGCAACCAAGUGGCAGGCAGCAGCUCAGCGCAAAGGCCAGUAUACCAGCCACCAAACUAUGGGGAAUUCUAUGAAGGAGCCCAAUUUGCAGACAAAUACCAAAUGUCAAGUAGCAACGCUUAUCUGAUGAACAACAAUGAAAUUAACAACGCAGUUAGGAAUGCCCAUUUUCAGAACGCUAACUAUGGUUAUGCGCAUGCACCUUAUGCUGACAUCUUUAGGCACCCCAAUUACGCGAACAUGUAUCGAGCGACUAACCUUCCCAAUGGUUCCUUCCUGAAUGGAAGAGGUGCAAACCACGUAGGAGGUGCUACUAGUGGAAGUUUUGGAGUUAACGCUGCUGGUGGUGCCCCUGCCGGUGCCGUUGCUGGUGGCAACAUUGCCGAGCAGAACUUCGCCUACGGCUAUGACGAUGCUCAGUUUGCGGAUAGCUACCAAGAGAACCACCAUGCACAUGCAGAGGAGGAGGAAGAGGACCCAUUCGAAGACCUGCAAGUAGAUAGCGAAUUCGACUUUGCAAGUUAUGCGAACGAAGGUGCGAGCGCGGGGGGAGCUACCGCCGCUGCCGCCGCCGCUGCUGCCACCGCAGCUACUGCUACUGCUGCUACUUCUUCCACUGGUGCACCUUCCCAAGGACAUGCUGCAAGCGCACAGGGAAUCACCAACCGCGGCUUUCAAUUUGACGAAGGAGAUAAUGGCUUUAGAAAAGCAGAAAAACACAAGCCUUCUCCAGGAAACCCAUUCAUCAUUGAGCCGACGAGAAGCACCACGACCAUGCAAGAGGACUCUCCUGGUGAAGACCUAUCCCCAGAGGAAGAUAACUUUGAAGAGAAGCACAACAGUGAAGGGAGCGAAAAGAGUCUAUCAAGGGGAAAGUCCUACAAUGAGGAGGAAGAAGGGCUCAUGUCAGAUGAUGAGGAAGACCAAUAUAGUGAAUAUGAAAAGUACCUGAACGCACAAUCGAGCAGAAAGGACCAGAAGAAUUACGAAAAUAGGAUGAGAAGCUACUUGCAGAAAUAUAAAAGACUGUCAAAGGGUGGCAAAAAUGAAGUGCUCGAAAAUGAAGUUGGCGCAGAUGUUGUUUCCCCACAGGAGGAAUCCACGGAUGAGGAGUCCCCAGCAGAAGAGGCGGCCUCCCCCCUAGAAGAGAUCAUCUCCCCCCCAGAAGAGGAGUCACCCCUAAAGGAGAAUCCCCCAGCAAAGGGAAAGCUGAAUGAUGAUUCAUCCUCCACCGAACCGGAAGACGAUCUUAAGAAGCACCCCGUAAGCAUGCCCAGCAGUAGCAAGUACGUCUAUGGCUCGGGGGAAAACAGCAUAGAAUUUGAAGUAGACCUGGAGGGAGGCGCGGCGAGCCAGCAGAGUGAGGAAGUGGUGCAGGGCGAUGCGGUACAGAGCAGCACGGCGGACAGCAGCGCGGCAACAAACCAGGAAGAAGCUGAAGACGUGGGAGCCAACCAGGCCGAAGUUGAAGUGCCCGCAAGCACGGAAGAAGUGGAAGCCGCGGAGGAAGAAGCGCUCGAAAAUGACGCAGCUGUAAGUGAGGGCCAAACUGAAGUACCAGUAAGCGGGGAAGAAGCCCAGGAGGCCGCAAACGAGGAAGAGGUCGAAGCGGUGGAAAGUGGCGCGGUGGAGAAUGUCGCGGUUGAGAGUGAAGCCACGGAAGAGACCCCAAAUGAUGCCGCGGAGGAAAGCGCAAAUGUCGCUGCAGAAGAAACUGCAGACGAUGCCGCUGAAGAAACCCCAAACGUCGCUGAAGAAGAAACUGCAGACGAUGCCGCUGAAGAAACCCCAAACGUCGCUGAAGAAGAAACCUCAAACGACGCCGCUGAAGAAGAAACCCCAAACGUCGCUGAAGAAGAAACCUCAAACGACGCCGCUGAAGAAGAAACCUCAAACGACGCCGCUGAAGAAGAAACCCCAAACGACGUCGCCGAUGAAGAAACCCCAAACGACGUCGCCGAUGAAGAAACCCCAGACGUUGACGAAACUGAAAACUAA